AUGGAAAAUCUUUCAAAUACAUUUGUUGUGAACUGUAAACAUCUUUCUUUCAACGAAAAUGAAUUAUUGGUACCAGUCGACGCGGAGAGUAGAGCACUUCUCUGUGUUGGAAAUAAAUCAAAAAACAAUUUAAAAGUCCAAAUCACAACAAAAGAAAAUUGUGACAAAUACACAAUCAAAACAAAUCCACAACUAGUCACUUUGAAAAAAGGUUUUGUGUGUGAAUUUGAAGUUUUUAUAACCCCACAUUGUACACUUAAUUUUAACGACAAUUUUGUGAUUGUCUCCCUUGACAUAUCAACCGAUAAAAUAGUGAAUUUCGACUUUCCGUUUUCAAUUGAAACAGAGAACUCAACUAAAUUGAAUUACGAAGAAAUUGAAGAGAAAAAGAAACUUGGUGAAGGAAGCUUUGGGAUUGUUUAUUUGGGGAGUUACAGAGGAAAUACAGUUGCCAUCAAAAAGAUGAAAAAUGCUACAGAGAUGGAUACGGAUAGCACGUCUCAAUUAUCAUAG